AUGUGCAAUUCAAAUCUAUGUCGAAACAGUGGUACAUGCAACUCAAAGGAUGAUGCUUUUGAAUGCAAUUGCCGAGUUGGAUUCACUGGUGCCAGGUGUGAAAUAAACAUUGAUGACUGUAAGGCUCAGCCAUGUAAAAACAAUGGAGUAUGCAAAGAUGGAGUGAACGCCUUCUUCUGUCAGUAAGUUAAUAAUAAUUUAAGCUAGCGAAUAAAAAAUUGGGUGUAAUAACAUUCAUUAACAAUUGGCUUGUUUAGUUUAUUUUAUAAUCAUAUAUAAAAAUGUUAUAUACAACCGAUAUUCAAUAUCUAAGCAGUUGAGGUAAAAACUUUUACUAAAAAAUGUCUUUGCCAUAGAAUUUUUUUCUUGAUAAGUGUUUAUUAAAUUUUAUGAAUAUAAAGUGGAUACAUUAAAAGUGACCAAUACUUAAGAUAAAAAACAUUUUUAUCUUAAUUUUAAAAACACUGUGUUCAGUUUAAUGAAUUAACCCAAUUUUAAAUAGAUGUCCUGUGGGAUUUGCUGGUGAACUGUGUGAGGUGGAUAUUGAUGAAUGCAUGAGUCUUCCCUGUCAAAAUGAUGGCACCUGUAUAGAACUUCCAGGAAAUCAUCAAUGUAUUUGUAAACAAGGUAAACCCUCUCAUCAUUGAUAUUGGUCUGACAGAAUGUACACAGCAUACAAUUAUGAUCUUGCUACUGAUAAGAGAUCACUAAUGGCAUUGUUUUCAAGAAUAUGAAUAAAAUUAUCUAUGCCAUUGUUUUCUAAGAAUAUGAAAACAUGUUUUAUCAUUGAUGACUUCAUGAGUGUAACUAAAUUUUGUUUCAGCUUAUUUAGUUGAACCUUAUGCUUUCCAGUGAUUUAGUUUAGUAAACUCAUGCCUAGCAUCUUUAUAAUACAAUAAAGUGUUGUCAUUUGUUUUUAAAAGUUGGCUACACUGUUUACAAUUUAUCCUAAAUCUUUUCAUGUCCUUUAAUUUUUUAAUCUAAAGUAGAGUUUUGAAACAAAUGUUUUUUCCCCAAGGAAAAUAAAAUGCAUUAAAAAAAGAGGAAUAUAUAAUGUUGUUUAUUCCACUGGGACAAAAUUGUAGCUCAUCUCAACAUUAAAAACUGUAAUCAUUAAUGACAUAAAUUAUGUUUUUUUAAAUGGAAAGUUGUCUUUAUAUUAUGUGGUUUUAAGGAAAACAAUAGAUGCUAUCAAUGUUAGACUCAAAUCGUUAAGUCUCAUUUGAUAAAAAAUGAUAUUGAACUAUGACAUACUAUACAUUUAUGAGUAUUUUAAAAAUAUAUUUUGACCCAAAGGUUUCACUGGUGAACAUUGUGAAUUGGAUGUCGACGAAUGUGAGUCAAACCCUUGCCUCAAUGGUGGCACAUGCAGUGACCACAUCUCCAGUUUUGUGUGCUCCUGUGAGAAUGGUUUUACUGGAGCACUAUGUGAAAACUCUUUGGAUGUCUGCCAGAAUAGAUCUCAGUGUCUUAAUGGAGCCAGCUGC